GGCUAACGGGCUGCAGCCAAGAAACGGACGUGGAGGCGCGGUCAGGAUUCUGCCGGACUGGGGCUGCUGCUUCGUGUAGUCUUCGGCAGUCCGUUCGGCUCCUUGGAUGAUGGUACGCUGAGCGGCAUCACAUGGCAUCUCAUGAUGAAGAUUGGCGGCCCUCACUGCCCAGCCCCUGGGACGCCAUCCUAGAGGCCGUCAAGGAUCAGCUCCCGUCUCUGGACUCGGAUUCCUCCUCGUCAGACCAUGAGGAUGAGGAGCUGUUCAUCUUCCAGCGAAAUCAAACCGCCCUGAUUCCAGACUUGACAGAGGAACUGGCCGACGACCCCGCUGGGGCCUGGAUCACUUCCUCUGGGUCUCCUCCUGAGACAGCUGUGGUGCCUGUAGAAUCCGCCGUGGAGCCCUGGGGCGAGUGGAACGCAUGGCCCCGGCCCCAGGAGUCGGCCCCUCUGGAAGGAAGGGCCCCCGGCAAGAGUAGCUCUCUUCUCAGGAUGUCUGCAGAGAUCCCCCCACAGCAGCUUGAUGAUGCGGGUGGGACCCUCAAUACCAGUGGGUCACAGAGUCCUCGCCAGGGGCCUCAGGGAGAGGCCACCUGCUCCCCUCUGGAAGCAGGCCUGCAGACAGAGCCCCCAGGCGCGGCCUCACGGGCCCAGGAAGGCUCAGACGCUGCCAACCGCAGAGCCCUGCGGAGGGAGAGGAGGAAGAUGAUCGAGAAAGACAUCCUCCACAAAGUCACUUGGGAUGGCCGGGACCCAGCCUGCUCUGACGCGAGCCAAGGGAAGGAAAAGGCCUGCGACGCUGUGGGUGUGCCUUCAGAGGAGCCCCCGGGGCAUCUGCCUGUGCUUUCCCUUCAGGAACUUGAAGAGUGGGAUUUGGAUCAAGUCCUUCUGAGUCUGACUGGGCGAGAAGAGGACCGGGGCGAUGGUGCUCCUAGAGCUGCGUGGUGGGCUGCUGACCGCCUCCAGGGCCAAGACCACACCGCGCCCAGCACCCAGGACCGGCUCAUGGAACGCCUCAGCCUCCUGUGCUCCAGGCAGUCCAGAGCCGCCGCCUCUGCUCGGAGAGUGCCUGCUGACAUGCCCUGGGAAGCCCGGCCCCAGGAAGCCGGAAGCAGAUGUGCUUCCAGGGAGCUGGGCGCCCAGGACGCGCGGCUGAGGAACCCGGUGGAGCCUCCCACCAUAUUCAUUGACCUGCGGCCGACAAAGACAUCGGACCAGAGACCCUCGGAGAGCUCCAGCUCCUACUCCAGCUCCUCUGACAGCGAGGAGGCGGAAGAAGAGACAGCAGCUCAAAGAGACACGCAGGGCCCAGCCAGGCUACGGGACUGCACGGGGAAGAGUCGGCUCCUCCAGCAGCUCAGGGCAUCUCGGGAGGCGGCGGCGCGGCCUCAGCUGCCCGCCGGCGAGAGGCCUGUCAGUCAGGGGGCUCAGGCCCCUGGAGAUCCGGCCGGGUCCAGCCCUGGGGUGAAGCAGCACGGAACGCUCUGGGCCGAGAGGGGCACACAGGCCAGACCCGCAGGGCACAGGGACCCCCCAACUGGGGCUCUGCUGCAGCCCUCUGCUGGAGUUCAGUCAGAACAUCUUCACGCGCUGACAGCAAGGACGCAGUGCAGACCUGUACAUACAGCAUGACACGUCACCUGGGCCCA